AUGAGAAAAGUGUUUUACUCUUUGCUGGUUAGUAUAUAUAUAUGUCUGUAUAUGUACUCCCCAGUAUAUGCGCUAUAUUUGAAAGAAAUAGAAUUAGGGAAUUAUUACAUUUGUAAUUUGAAUGACUACCCGAGGGAGUACUGUGUGGUGGACUACGACCCGAACAAAAUAAUCAAGUUUUUGUGCCCAAUUGUACAUAAUGAGGGGGAACACAUGGAGACAUACAAUUCGAGUUACUGCUUCAGAUAUAAGGGGAUAAAGGACCGACUCAUAAUUAGCAAUAAUGAAGAACCCAUAUAUACAACCCUGCCGGGGAUUAUACUAGAAAACCAGAUUCUCUACAACAGGUACAAUUUGGGCAUUUACAUUAUGCCCUUCAAAUUGGAGGCAGACAUGAGUAUUGUUUGCGUCUGCGACACGAAGAAAGAAUACAAAGGAAUAACACCUUAUAUAAAAAUAAAUAUUAAAAAGUCGAACAAUGUUCUUGGUGUAGGUUCGACGGAUGAACACAUAAAGGGCUGCGACUUUGGUAAUAACCAAGGGGAACACCAAUUCUUAACGAGUCCGCAGUUACAUGAUGAGCACUCUGUGUGUGAGAUUGAAGCCAAUCCAGGAGACAUAGUUGGGAUAAACUGUAUAAAUUACAAUGAGGAUGAUGCCCAAAAUGACGACGUCACGUUGGAACCUUCCAACUGCUUUUCCACGGUGUCCUUUUCUUUGUAUACUUUGAGUUUUGUAAAGAUGAAUAUAAAUAAUAUUUUUCCCGGUGCCAAGUACUACCCCGAGUCAUCCGCUUUUUCGAAGGAUCCGAAUUUUAAAAAAUUUUCGACCACGUCUUACUUGUGGAUCCCCCCUAAGGUGACUCAGGAAUUUCUUUUCUUCUGCUCUUGUGUGUAUCCGCAGGGCGAAGGUAUUGCGGUGUACCACGUGAAAAGCGGCGCCCCAACGGUGUGA